AUGGACUCCCUCACACUCGAAAAGGGUCAAGGCGCCCAAGAUACCGCCAGCAUUCACACGUUGGACGCGGCUUCUACGGCCGCAGGCCAGGUUGAGACACCUCGAGUCGAGCGCAAAGCUAGUGUCAACGGCUCGAUACAGAUCCCCGCCACACCUACUAAACCCACAAAGCCAGUACUACCAGCACAGACUCCUAGGUUGAAGAAGAAGGUACCAUGGAAAGGAAAGAAUAUUAUGGUGCAUCUUCCCCGGGAUGACCAACGGGGCCAGACUGGUAAGGGCUCCGUACCCCUUACUGCCUCACAGAUGCAAGAUAUGCUUCGGUCAUGGCAAGAGCUAGGCUACAACACUAGAGGCUUCGAUCUGGAUGGCCCUGCCGAUGUUUCUCGUGCAACACUCGAUCCACUAGAGUACAAUUCGCAGAGCCGAAACCAGUGGCCGAACCCUGAAGAGAUCGUGAAGGAACGAGUCGAUCACAAGUUCCACGUCUUGCUGCCGGAUUUGAAUGCGUGGAAAGAUUAUGUCAACGAGCUACAGGAAGCCAAGCUUAGGGCGCUUGGUGUGUCCUUUGGUGACGAGCCGCCAGCACAACCGCCAGCCAUUUCUCCAGUUCCCUCAGGGCUUGGUGGGAGAAUGUCAACUCAGUAUCCCCCGUUGCCCUUUUCACCGCCUAUCCCCACCGGUUCGGCCACAAGUGGUGGCGCUCAAGGCUUCCCGUUCCCAGGUGCUUUCCACGGGACGUCAGCGACACAAAGCCCUACCGUUCCGUCUGUGGCGUCACCGUUGUCUUUCGCCGGUUUACCAGGCAAAUUCAACCCGCGGGCACAAUCCAUCUCCAUCUCUCCUCACGAACUCCCUUUCCAUUUUGGCCAACCAUCCCCGCAUGGCUUCUCUCCUCGGGAGAUGCUUCUACAGCAACACCUUGGUCGAAGUGGUUCGCCGUCCGUCCUCGGCUUGAACGGGUUGAUGUCGCCAACAUCGCCUUUUGAAGGCGUUCCUUCACCACUAGGCUUGCACCAGCGUCAUCAGUCUUUGCAAUAUCCUAUGUUGCCGCAUCAGCACCUACAGCGCCAGGAAUCUGCACGAGCGUCGCCACGCCUACAGGAGCUGCGUGAGGUGGACGAGGAGACCCAGAGCAACCCCUAUGAAGAAAGGAGCCCUUCCAAGACGCCUGAGCCUGCUCGUUUCAUCAAACAUAAUGCCAGCGACAGUCUGCAGAAAGAGAUCGAUGAUGCUGAGUACCACCUUGAGGAACAAUUUCGUGAGCAGCUUGAGCAUGAAGAUUACAGCCCACAUCAAGAGACUGACAAGGUCAAUGCCCAUGGCCCCGUCGGCCCUGGUUUAUCCGCCCAUGCUAGAGGACCAUCGGUUCACUUCGGUAACUUUGGCAACGACUCCGACGAGGGUCCUGUCCUGCAUCAUCCUCGCCCGCAUAGUCGCGGGCACUCCCUUACGCAAAAAUCCUUCUUUGAGAACGAUGAAGUGCGUGACAGUAACUCUGACCCUGAUGCUGCCAAGCUCCAAACAGUCAAGGAACAGAAGGGCGAUGAAUCUUACGAGAUCGAGACGAACCCAAGCAAUCUUGGAACCCCUGUUUCGGGCUUCAACUCAGCCAAGGACUUCCAUCAGCGUGACAUGUCCACAACAAGCAACCCGUGGGCUCAUGUACAGUCUAUGAAUGGGGACAAGCCAGUCUCGCGCCGCCCUAGUCAUACGAGCAAGCCAUCAUUUUCAAAGCUCAACGCUAAUGCAACGGAGUUCAAAUUCAACCCUACAAGCUCUUUUACGCCAGGCCAAUUCAGUUUUGGAGCAAGUAGCUUCCAGCCUGCUACGAGCUCUUCCCAGCCGGCGGCCUUCCAAGCAUCUGCUUCCAGCCACGUUAGUGGGCCUUCGACUUCUUCAUCCAAAGGUAGGAUCAAUGCUGCCGCGCCUGUAUUUUCUCCUACUACAAGUGACUUUCACUUUCCUAGUAAGGCCGAGUUCGGUUUGCCCGGAAAAAGCGACUUCAACUUCUCUGCUAGUGGUCCGAAAUUUAAUCCCGUCGCUCCUACUUUCCAGCCAACUGGUUCUUUUGCGGGUUCCGUUACGAGUGCAGCAGCCUCUGGCAAUGAGAGUAUAGACAACCGUGGUUCGAUCUUUGGCAGCAUUGAUCUUAACUUGUCCUCAGAAGUCGCCAAGCCAGCUAAGAAAAGCAAGGCAGUUCCUAUCAUGCGUCCAGCCAGCAGUCACAAGUCGCCCACUCCUGGCCCAGCUCCUGUUUCGGUGGAGGAGACUGAUAAGGACGGUCGUCUCACGGAUCUAAGUCGAAGGAGCAAGAAGUUCAGGGAUAGCAUUGAUGGAGAUGAUGUCCCACGCUUCGCUGAACCAACACCCGAACUCGAGCCAUCGACCAUCGUGCAGUCCAUGGCACCUGCCAGAGAUCAGCCUGCUGAUCAUGAUGAACAUGAAGCAGCUGGCGACGCUAUCUUUGACUCCACUGUGCUCUCGGAGUCCACUGAUGCCAAGCUACAAUCAGAGUCUCAUGAUACAAGAGCCACGACGAGUCCGUCUGCAACAUCCCCAGACCAGGACAAGGCCGACUGGGCUCCUUUCGAGUUCAAGAAUAGCUCGGAGGUUCGAGACUUCAACGAUUCAAGACCUUUUGGAGACUCUGAGCCCUUCCAAAAAGGCCACAAGAAAAGCUUAUCUGCUACAGCCGCAUCUUUUGUACCGGGAGGCUUCACCUUUGGCGGCCCUAACCCUGUGGCCGCUACCUUUGAGCCGUCCGAGGAUGACCGCGCUGCCUCGCCGACUCCUGGUCCUGAGCCUCGUCACGCAGCAGAUGCUGAACCUGUGCUUGUCGAGCCGCAACGCGAGCCUACACCAGAGCCAACAAAAUCUGGUCUGGGCGCUUCCCGCUUUGCUUCGGGAGCAUCGCGUCAAGGGCUUGGCGCAUCACGUUUUGCCUCACCACCGCCACAGCCCAAGGGAUCGGACGCCCCGAGGUUCGCUAAGUCACCGUCGCCCGUCUCUGAAGCAGACCAAAGAUCGGAAGCCGAGUAUAUCCUUAGUAACGAGCCAUCCGAACUUCACAGCUUUAACGAGUCGAUUCCCAUACCCGCUAGCCCUCCAUCAGUUGCCGCCGAUGAGCGUCUGAAGCAACGCGUUGCUGGCGACCAUGAGCUGACAUUCGAGGAGAUUGAUGCCGUGAUGCAGCAUAUGAAUGAGACCGAUCCUACCAUGGGUGUCAACAGAACCUUGGAAUCCUCUCCCAAAUGGCGUCAACCCAGUCCUGUUCGCAACGUCACCCUAGGGACCGUUGCGAAUGAUUCUCCUUUGCGCCUGCCGCUACUGAGCCAUUUUAGAAGCGACGCUCCCAGCCCGACUCCCCAGCAAUACCGAGCUCUGCCUUCCGAGCCUGCGCCCGAGUUGCUGUCUCCUGAGGUGGACGAUCCAUUUGUUGACCCUCCUCGGAGUACGCAUACCUUUGACGUGGAAGGUCCAGUCCAUAAUCUUGGCAGUGGUAACGCUACUGAAAGCGAAGAAUGGGACAAGGCUUUCAGCGCUGAUGAGCAAGAGAAGCUUGGUCAACGUGUCCAAUACUUCAACGGUCAUGUUCAAGAGCUCGUUGGUGACAUGCUGGCUGACCGACUCGACCCCCUCGAGAAGACUUUGGGAUCGAUUCAACACGCUCUUCUUGCUAUGUCCAGGCGGACACCUUCCAGUCAUCCCAGCCGUCGUGAACGGCGAAGUGCAUCUGUAGAAAUUCAGGAAAGUGAUGCCGACGAUGAGGACGAUGACGUUCCAGUUACUCGCAAGUCUAAUAGCCCCCAGCGAAACAAAAAAAUGGAGCAAAUGCGUUUUGCUGUUAUGGAGGCCCUCAACCAACAUCACGCCAGUCGUGCAUUGCAAUCUGUAAUGGAGCAAACUGAGCCCUCUGUCGAUAACGGAACAGUCCUCAGGGAACUCCAGGAGAUGAGAGAACAGCUCAGCAAAUCGCUGCAUGUCGACUUCCCCAUCGAAGAUGUUAGAAAUAUCGUCGAGGAGGCUGUCCAGAACCAGCGUCCAACUACCCCACCUCCAGUUGUUAAAGACGACGAUGAGGCUACAAUGAAGAUGGCAGAGAUGCAGGCCAGGGUCCAUGAGCUUGAGCAACGAUUAAGGUAUCAGGAGGAGACAAUCGACAAGGAGACGACUACUCGACGAGGAGCGGAAGAUCGCUCUGCUGAGCUCAGUCGUCAACUUGAGCAGGCCGAAACCAAGAUUGAGGUCGAAAUCAUGAACCGCAGCGUAUACGAUCAGCGAGUGCAUGACCUCGAGGAGCGACUUAGGCUUCAAGAACAGAGGUCUGAUUUUGAGCUUAGUGGUCGCAGAGAGGCUGAGGACAGACUCUCGGAGAUCCAACGGCUCUUACGCAUUUCUUCCGAGGAGGAGGAUCGACUCCGCGCUGUACUUGAGGAGCGCGACCAGAAGAUCAGGUCUGUCGAGCAGGGGGCCGGCAAAAGUGCCAUGCGCCUAGCCCUGCUUGAAGCCGCGCAAUCUAAUGCAGACAAAACCCAAAUCGAUCUCACCAACCGUCUCAACGCAACCGAUGAAGAGCUUCGCAAUACUGUACAGGAAGCUCGCCAUUGGCGAUCCGAAGCCGAGUCCGCUCGCGACUCGCACCGUCGACAGACUGACGAUCUUGUCACUGCCAUUGAUGAGGCUAAACACCUUCGUAAGGUCAUUGACACUCUCGGAACUCAGCUCAGUGAGACAGAGAAGCUUCGCGAAACCUGGCGGGUCAAGUUCCUCUCUAUGCAAGACGAUAUGGCCCAUGCAGCACGCGAGAUCACCGAGGAAAAUACUCGGCGCCUGAAGAAAGAACAAGCUCUCAUUGCACGACAGGAGGUAUUGGAUGCCAGACUACAGGCUGAAUCCAAGACUCGCGAGCGACUGGAAGCAGAGCUUGAAAGACUAGAAGGCGGCGAGCGUGCCGGUAUGAGAGCUGUGGCCGAUGUCAAGCGCCUGGAAUCUCUCCUCACCGAGCUUCGAAACGAGAAUCACAAGAUCCAAACCACUGCUCUCCACUUCCAGCGUGAAGCUAAGGAAGCACGUGAAUCGGCUGCAAGUGAGGUGCAACGUACUCGCACUUCCGUCCAGGCCGAUCUCGACUCGGCCAACGACCAGGUGAAUGUCGUUCGUGCUGGACUUGAAGAUGAGCUGGCCAAGAUUCGUGCCCAGGUUGACCAAAUCAAGAUGGACGCUGAAACCGCCAAGGCUCAUCAUGAUAUGAUGCUCGAAGAGUCGCAAACCACCAGUGCGACCAAUCUUGAUGCUUUGGAACGUAAGCAUCAAAGCUACAUGGAAGAUAUCCAGACUCGCUACGAACGCGAGCUUUACAACAAGACCGAGGAUGCUCAGCGUACAGAAUCGAACUUGCUCGAGCGCCUGAGUCUGUCUAGUUCUAAGGUCGAGCAUCUACAAGAUCGCCUUGCUCACAUGGAAGAGAAAGUACAAAUUGCCCAGGAAGCUGCUAAAGCUGCGGCACAGACUGCCAAAGCCACUCGAGCAUUCGAGUCUGUAGCUCCUGCUGCAGCCGUUGUCAGAUCCGGGGCUGUUGCUCAGGCAAGGCAAGUUCCGGAGAAGAUUUCUCCACAGGCACUCCGCGAAUCCAUCAUGGUACUACAAGAGCAACUUCAGGCAAGAGAGCAGCGCAUCGAAGAGCUUGAGCAGACUGUAUCCAGACUUGAUCCUGAUGCCGCUACUAAAAUCACCAAGAGGGACGAUGAAAUCACGUGGCUACGUGAGCUUCUUGCUGUAAGACACAGUGACCUACAGGAUAUCAUUGUGUCUUUAUCAGCCGAAAACUUUGACAGACAAGCGGUCUUCGACGCGACCAUUCGAUUGAAGGCUAACCUUCAAAUGGAAGAGCAAGAGCGCGAGAGAGCCAUGAAUGGUGGUUCGGCCAUCAACCUACCCGACAUCGCUGCUGCCAUCAAAGGCGCUGCAACUCCGCGAGCUGCUCAGGCUGUAGGCCAUUUGGCUGCUGCUUGGGGUAACUGGCGCAAAGGUAACCAGCCUUCGCUUAACAAUUUCUCAAGCACGAGGUCUCCUGCGCCGGCAAGAAAUCACACUCCAUCGCGGAGCAAGCCUAGCCCGCUACCGCAGAACGACUUUCUCUCUGGAUUGAUGACUCCGCCCGCAUCUGGAUUGCGCAGCACUCCGCCAGCUGAACAAAGCAAGGCUCAACCUACAGCCUUCGGUAAUACGGGACGCCGGUUUACAGCCGAGGAAUUCGCCAAUCGCGCUCGCGGGCCUUCCAUGACUGCGCGACAAGCCGAGAAGAUGCCCAUGCCCGGCACACCCCCGCGCCGCAUCUCCGAUUUGAGAGAGCCAGUGACUCCCCCGAUGGCUCGCUCAACUGGAUAUGACGCCGAUGCUAGUCACAUCGAAGAUUUCGAUGAUGCUGGAUUCUUCGACGAUUAA